AUGAACCCAAGCUCCGCGCACUCGACACACUUUGGGAUCCCGCGAAGGAAUCAUCUGUUACGAGGGGUCUCAUUUGCUCUCGUGCUUUAUCUCACCCAAAGCUUUGGGCUUGAAAGCGUCGUACGUGCUCAUCCUCAGACGCGACGUAUUGGGAACAGUUCACAGUCAUAUAGUGUUCCCUUGCCGCCGCUUCUCGCAAAAAACCCUCCAGCCCCAUCGGUCAUCAGUAGUGCAGCACAGAAACUUGACAGCGUUCUAUCUUUACAAUUCAGCGCACUGAAUGAGUCUGGAGUCGAUAGCAUAAGUGUAGCCGUUGUGACAUCCAAUGGCUCUGUCUACGAAGGCUUCUGGGGCGUAAAGCGUGCUAACGAAACAGAUGCUGCACUCCGGGGCACAGUUGACAGGAAUUCCAUCUAUCGUCUUGGGUCUGGUUCGAAACUAAUUACUGCUCUCGAGACGUACAUUUUACGCAACCGAGGUGUACUGAACCUGUUUUUCAUUUCAUCCAAACUUAGCGGGGGCCAUUCGCUGACUUCUCUGUUCUUUAUAUCCGUAAUCAGGGAUGAUUCAGUUAAGAAAUAUAUACCACAGCUCACCUAUAUUCCAGAAGAGGAUCCAAUGACCUUUCGUCAGCUUAUGAGUCAUAUGUCGGGGCUAGGAAGGGACUGGCCUCCUGGCAAUACUAGCAACGCUUGGCCGAAGACGCUCGGUGGAGCAGGCCCACUAUAUUAUAAUGGCCAACCCUUUCCCACCCAUCAAGAUGUAUACGACGCCAUCGCAUACGAUCCUCUCAUUGCUCCACCAUAUACGUACCCCAUUUAUUCGAACACAGGUUACUCUCUCCUCGGCAUCACCAACGUCGCUGCCAAUGAAGCAUUUGAAGGCUCGGGUUCACCUACGACACACGCUGAGCUUGUCAAGCGCGAUAUAUUUGAUCCUCUAGGUCUCAAUGGAAGCUCCUUUUUUUUGACGGAUGUCAACAAGCCACACGUUGUCGUGGCUUCUGUGGAGACGCUUGAGGCGGAUCUAGAUUUCGGGGACGCGACAAACCCAUAUGGCGGCCAAUUCAGCUCGAUAUCUGAUCUGGUCAAAUUGAUGCAGACGUUCCUCGACCCAACCAGGCCUGAGAGUCUCAUUUCUCCAUAUACGGUAAGAGAGUGGAUGAGGCCCAUGUAUGUAUGGCCCGAUAACUCAGCUGUGGGUGCGCUUUGGGAGAUCUUCCAAGCCCAAGAUUCGUAUGGACGAGAACAACUUGUGUAUCAGAAAUCAGGAGAUUUGGUUGGAUAUCACUCAGCAUGGACGAUCAAUCCAAUCAAUUCGUAUGGUGUAAUUGUGCUCACCACUGGAAAUCUUUCGGAGCCCGUUCCUCUCACAAAUUUGGUUAUCGAACAGGUGCAGUCUGCAUUCGACACUGCACUUGAGAGCGCUACUAGCGACCUGCUGGUCGGGUCAUGGCGCUCGGACGAUGGACAAGGGGAAAUCACCAUUGUGAUCGAAGAAUGGUCUCUUUUCGUCACCAACUUCACGCUCAAUGGAACAGACGUUUUAUAUGUAAUGGAAAGUGAUGGAGAUUCAACGCAACUACCCCUCUGGUCCACCAGCGUGGACGAGUAUAAGCUCGCAGUUUCUUCUGGACAAAACGGCUGUGAAGUCUUAUGGGUCGGUCUGGAUGGAUAUGGAUAUAUCGAUGGCUACUCGGUCAACUUAUUGCGCGUUUCACGGACUGGAAACAAUACUACUCUUCUUCUUCCUGCUACUGGAACGGAGUUGAAACGCCAGUAG